CUGAAGGUAGCCAGGUAACUCGAAUGUGGAAAAAAUCUCAAAAGUCAACAAUUUUCGUCGUAGCGACCUUGGAAUUUGGUUGUCAGCAUAUUGUCAUCAAUUCGUGCUGAAUUCGAAGGGGAAAAUCCCUUCAAGUUAUCACCCAAUCACGAAACUCGAAUACGUGAGGGACCAUGGGAAAGUCCCACGCCAACUCCCCCGAUGUUAAGUCAGAAACGACAUUUAAGGCUAUUAUUUUGUAAGCACUGUUGGUGGACUUGUCUAGAGUGUAGUUUGCUCGUUCACUUGAGCGCAAAAGAGAAUGGGCAAUAAUUUCAGCGUGAACAGUUUUAAAAAUGCCUUCACCGGCAUAAUCAAUUGGCUCGGGGAAAUUCUCACGAAAGCAAAAGACGCUAUUGUCAAGUUCACACUCAUUGUUUUCCAGACGAUAUGGGAUGCAGUAUUGUGCGCCUUUGAAACCCUAGGGUUGAGGCAGAAGAGAGCGGAAGCCGCCUCUACUGUUAAUUGUCAGGCAGCUGAAGAGUACUAUGAAGAGAACCAAUUACAAGCUACCGCUGUCAAAAAAGAAGGUAACAAAGUGAGUAAUGAAACUGAUCAACUCUCAAAUGAUUCUGGGCUUUUGACUGAGGAGGAGGAAGAGGAAGAGGAAAAGAAUCUCGAUUUAUUGUAUAAAGCUGGUAAGGGUAUCCAGGAGUACGUAGAGGAUGUCUGGAAAAUCAAGGCAGAAAACAAGAAGAACAAAGAUCAUAAAAAGACAGCACACGAACUGAAAAAGUUGAACAACAAGCCCUAUGUGAAGAAUCUGCACGUUGCUUUUAACAAUUACCGCAGCAACUGUCCAAAGAAGUUACGAGCUUCUUUUGAUGCCUUACCGGUUAUCUCACCGUGUUGUAGUAACUAA